AUGAAGCUCUUCGAGCGCAUUAUUGACACCAGGAUCCGACAGGAGUGUAUAGUAUGGGACUCCCAGUACGGUUUCCAACCAGGAUGCGGUACCAUGGACCCUAUAUUCGCUCUAAGGAUCCUCAUGGAGAAGCAUAGGGAAAAGAAUGUAGGUGAUACCACUCCCUUCCCCAUAACCGUAGGCGUGCAUCAGGGCUCCGUCUUAAGCCCCUAUCUCUUCAGUAUGAUAUUAGACGAACUAUCAGCCAGCGUACAGAAACUAAUACAGCCUUGGCUGCUUAUGUACGCUGAUGAUAUCGCACUGGUAGAUGGGGACAAAGGACGGCUCACCAGAUGCGUGCACGCAUGGAGGGAGGCGCUUGAGAACGGCGGGCUGAAGCUAAAUGUGGCGAAGACGGAGUAA